AAAGAAGGCAGCAUAUGAGAAAAGGAAACUGAGAGAGACAGACAAAAUUUGCAAGAGAGACAAAACUUGCUAUAUACGAGCCACCUUUACCAACUCUUUUGUCACGGAAUGUUUGAUUCAUCCAGGAAAUGGGGAGGUUUGAAGACUAAAAACUAGGAGAGCUCCUGUAUCUGUGAAGAGGCAUUACUUGGCAGUGAAGGAGGACUGAGAGGCUUCCACCUUCAUUGGCUCCAGAGGCGUCCCUUACAUCUCUUGGUUCAGGAAGAAUCCAACACUGUAUGAAAGUAGAUGUUGACUCACAUGCCAAAUGUACUAUGUGAAGCAAAGAAGCUGGUCAUAUGCCUUACCACGUCUAGGAAGUCCCAGGCUGCGAAGGCACAUAAGGCCAGCUCCCUGCUGAAGCUAAACAGCGUCAGGUCUGGUCAGUGCCUGGAUGGGAGACCACCUGGGAACCACGUGUAAGCCGCCUUGGGUUUCUAUCAUGAAAAGAAAGGUGACCCAGGCAGACCUUCAAUGGAAACAGGCACCAAGAAGGUGGCCAUCAGUCAUCAGCACUCAACCCAAGGAACUACCUUCUCAGGGCUGCCACAGGACAAUUAUUCAUGGGAAAAGAGAGACUAGAGAAACAUGAGAUCCAGCAGUAUUGCCCUGACUUUGAGCCUCAUCUCUUACAUCGUCCAAGCUCAGCAGAGCCCACUAAUGGAAACCCUCAGCUGCUGCAAUGACUAUGAGUCAUACACAGCCUGCACUUGGUCUGAACACCAGGAUGCAAGGAACUUGGUCAAGAUGAACCUUUUCUAUAAGGAUAUGCAGAACCUCACCCAGAUGACAUGCAGUUCCCAAGAAGCAGACUCUCAAAUACAUUGGAGCUGCCAUAGAAACCAGACCAUUUUCAAUGUAUGGGCGGAGGAUACAUUCAUUUUCAAACCAGACCAGGAACUGAAAGUCCAAAAGAAUGUCAGCCUCUUCGAUAAUGUCCAACCUCCUCCACCCCAGUUUCUAGAUAUCAGUGUCACAGAAGGAGGUGACUUCUUAUUGGCCUGGAAAGCAGAUGAUGGAACAAAUAAAAGUCAUUGGCUGGAUGGAGCCCUGGACUUUGAAGUUACCUACAAAAGACACUGGGAAUCCUGGGAGGAUUCUGCCUCUCUGUCGGUGUCAAAAACCUCUAGCUGCCUUCUCCGCCAGGAUGACCUCAUACCUGGGAGCACCUAUGUUGCUCGUGUUCGAAGCAAGCUAAGGCAAAAUAAUGGUCUUGCUGGCCGUUACAGUAAAUGGAGCUAUGUAGUACAUUGGGAGACACAGAAAACAUGGAAAGAUGAUCAAGAAGCUCAGCCCAAGAACCUUUGCUGUCUUUUUAAUGGCAUUGAUCAGCUAAAAUGCAGCUGGGAGGUGAGGCAAGAGGUCACCAGUUCUGUUUUAUUUGCACUCUUCUACAAAGCCAGUCCGGAAGCAGAAGAGAAGAAAUGCUCUCCAGUCCUUCAAGUGAGUUUCACCCCAUAUGUAUUGCAAAGCUGUGAGAUCAAUGUCACCAAUCCCAUGAGAAUAAGCCAAUACCUUGUGACUGUACGGCCAAAAGAAGAGGAUAAAAAGGUGAAACCUUCCCAACACAUCAAGCCAGACCCACCUUUGAAGCUGUCUGUGAUAAUGCUGAACAACCAGGAGUACAGUCUGCAGUGGGAAGUCAGAAACAGGAUUGUAUCAAUCAACAAGAUGUAUCAAAUCUCAUACUGGAAAACUGGAAAGCCUUUGGAGGCCCAAUAUGUCAACAGUACAGACCAACACUUCACCUUCACCUCACAGUACCUGGAACCGGACACAAGUUACACAGCAAAGGUGCGGACAAAAGUCCAUUUUUCUGUCUAUGCUGGUCCAUGGAGUGAAUGGAGUAAGGAAUUUAGCUGGGCAACAGACUGGGUUAUGACUCUCUGGAGCAUUCUGCUGAUCACAUCAAUCUCUAUCAUUUUGAUGAUGGCAGACAUUUACUUUUGCCGUAAAUAUCUUCUCAGGAAGAAAACAAAUUGGGAGGAAAGUAUCCCACACCCUCCUGGGAUGUUUCUGCUUCCAAGCUUUUUCCAGAAAGUACAGUUGCCAAAUGGCUCUAGUAGCCAGAGCUCUUUGGAGGAUGUGAUCAGCUCUCCCAAUAUAGCAGAGAGGCAAAUGCUGGUUAGCCAACUGGAGCCUCUUGAAGCUGGGUUAGGGAAAAUAAAGCCACAUUCUGUUGCUUUUCAGCAUAUGAAAGAAGCAGAGAUUCCUGCAGCCAAUCCUAGCCAAUUUCUGAAUCUGGCUAUUGUAGGAGACAUACCAGCCUGCAGUCAUAAUCCUCAGAUCUUUGAUUUUGAUGGCCCAUACUUACUCCCCCUAUCAGAGUGUCAGUCUGAGAUUCAGCAGGACUUGGAAGUUGUCCCUUUAGAAACGAAGGCGACACCCACGUCUCUGCAAUAUGUGGGACUGCCCGAGUGCCUCAGAUUCCAGCAGCUGCCAGUGGGGAAAGAGAAAGAGGCAGUUCUCUCACUGCCUCGUCUCCUGGACCAGGGGGAGGAGAAGCAGCUACUUUUAAAAAAGCAAAAAAGAACUCCAAGCCAAUUGGCAAAUGUCAAGUUGGAGAAAGAGGAAAAUGAAGGCAAGAUGUCACCAAAUCUUACUAGCACAAAGAACCUCUGUCAAAAUGUGCCCUUAGACUACAUUGCCACUGAGCAUCUGUCAUUAAUCAAAGAAAGGGACUCCUUACUCCUCACACCUGUGUUGGCCUUGAAGGAGGGAAGGCUUACCUGUCCUGAGAUGGCCACAGCGGCCUCACAAUUGACUCAACCAAGUGAAGAUCUGUCAAACUCAGAGUGGGGCCAGAAGGAGAAAGCAGAUUCUGGGCUCCCAACUAAGGGUCAAACACCGGCUUUUCAUUUGGGAGCGUCCCAGGAUGCAUUUGGUAACUAUGUUCUCACCCUGCUCGGUACCCUGAAGUCUGUGCCAAAGGAACAACUUGCUUUAUCCACAGCGGAGACUAAACAUGGCAAGGGUUUUUUUAUAUUAAACUCUGGAGGAAACAGCAGCCCUGUUUUCUUAUGCCAGGUGGAUGAAUACUGCUUCUUUCCUGGCUCCAAGCCCACCAUGGAAGCCCCUAAGAGUCAAGGGGGGUCUGUAGCACAGCAACUUUCAGAAGCCAGUCAAAAAGGUGCACAGCCUCCCUGUGAGAACAAAUUUGUUGGGAACAAGCCACAAAACACUCCUCCCCUCUGCCAAGACUUGAGAGCAGAUGUGCCUCAUCUGCAUGCAUGAACAUCACUUCGUUGUAUUGUCUUUCCUUUGUCCCAUUGACACUAGUAUGGCAUUUUCCUCCCAUUGCAAGUAGCAGGCACCGGGGUGGGGUGGGUUCUGAUUGGGACAGAAGCAGGGAGAAAAGCUGUCUCCUCUCAUGACACAGUCCUGGUGGAGCUCUGUCCCACUUAGGGGUGGGCAAAUCUGUCAGUGUUGGUUUCUUCCCAUUUCUCAUUUUUUCCAGCCUUCAUUUCUCCAUAUUUGCAUAUCAGUUUGUGAGGUUCCCCCCCAAAUUAACACAUUUUUGUAAAGCAAUUUCCCCUAAUAUAAUGCAUUUAUGUACCUUAUUUCCAUUAAUAUAUGCAUUUGUAUGGACACUUUAGUAUAUCCAAUUUUUGUACUCAGUAUUUGACUGGAGAACGGCAUUGCAAAAUUCAGAUCACUUUGAAUUUCGCAGGAUGACUGUGUUUCAGUUCACAUAUUGUUUCAGAAACUGCAAAUUAGGUAGGUUGGCCUUUAAAGGCAAACUGAAUCCAAUUUCUCCCCCCCCCCCCGCCGCCUACUCCACCUCCCUGAUAUAUCAGCUGUUUGGUUUUUUAAAAGGCAAGAAGAUCUAAAGGCAUGAAUAGCAUCACAUCUAGUUUAGCACUAAGACAAUUCAGUAUCAGAAAAUAUAUAGCUAAACAAAUGGUGAAAAUAAACAUUGAGGGACUCAUCCUGUCUGCUAAAGUCCCAGGCAUUCAAAGCCAUAAAAUAGACAAGAGAAAAGUUACUCUCCUAGUGGCUAUUGCACCUCUACCACAAACAAAAUCCUCUUUUGGGGGAGGGGAAUCUGUCAAAUUUAACAUUUAAUUCUGCUUUAUCGCUGCUUUUCUGGAAAAAAAUGAUGAUGCCUUUCACUUGAGGGCUCUAAAUUUCCUUACAGUACUUAUAGAUUUAAAUAUGUUCAGACAUCCAUUUCUGAUCACUGUAAUGCUUUUGUAAUAUCCUUUUUUAAUUUUGGAAAAUAUAAAACAAACUAUAUCAUAUAUUAAAUGAUACAAUGUUAACCAGAUAUCCUUAAACAUGAAAGCAAAAUAUUUACAUAUCAAAUCAUAUCAGUUAUUAAAUGAUGUAUUAUUAACUAAAUCAUAUUUAAGCAAACAUGAGGGGAAAGGAAAAAAUCAUAUUGUAGUCUAUACAUAAUAACUCUUAUAUUUCAUAUACUUCCCCAGAAUUCAAAAUAAAGAUUUUAAUCUUCCAUCUCUAAAUGUAAUGCAGGGUGUUAGUUUUCAAAAGAAUGUCGUGUUUCAAACAGAUUAGAAUAGGAAAACAAGGGCAUGAUCCAGCCAACAUGAAACCCUUUAAACUCCUAUUUAAUGGGUUUAAACGUACUUACUUUGGCAGGAUCAUUUUCCCAAGUGCAAGAAUAUUAAGGAAUAUCCCCAGUGGUGGCUGGUGGGGCAGUGGAAUCCGCUCCAGGUUUUAGUCUGAUCUUUUGAAACACCUUGGACAGCUCCUUGGAACACCUUUCAACUUUUGAAACUCCUUGGACUAACACCCAGAGCAGAUUCCCCUGCUCCACUGAGACGGAGCCACCAGCCGCCACUGGGCAUCCCAGAAGAUACUGAGGGUCACCUUAAUUGAAUCCUGGAAAGAAUUAACAUCAGAAUUUCCUGGCCAUCAGUUUAAGUCUGAAACAGUUUUUCACAGGCAAUCCAAGUGCGGUGCCCAGAUAAAAGGUAGAUGAAAGAUUCUGGUAUGACUAUCUGUUAUCUUUAUUUUUUUAAGAACUAGUGUGGCAAUAUACAGAAAAUACACAAUUGUCUUUCAACUCCUCUCUUUAUAUUUUCCCCAAAACUCUGCAAUGACUCAGUCUCUGAAUUUCCCAUUUAAAAGCAAAACAGUUGUAGGUUAGAGUGGGGCUUUCCCGUUCCAUGUGUAGUUUUUAUGAGUAUCACAUUAUACAGCCACAAGAGUGGCUGUAUACUAUAGUCAUAGUCAGUAGGGGUUUUUCGUGUUCUACCAUGUUAAAUGAAAAUACCCCCCUUCACCCCUUUCUGGUGCUUUGUAUAGUCCCAAUUCAAAACAAAAACAAGUCUUAUACUGUUGGAUUCAGAAUUGCUUGCUCUACAACUCUGGAAGUUUUCUUGGUGAUAUACAACCCCCCCAUGGAGCAUGCAUAGGUUAAAGAGGAAAAAAAACUAGAAGCCGUUUGGACUUUUUUUUGAGAAAUUGACAUAAUCUGUUGAAAUUCAUUAAAAAUCAGAGAUGACUGUAAGGUAUCCCUAAUCAAAUCCCUGAGCUUGCCCCAUACACAGUACUUCAUCUGUAGUAGGUUUAAAUUUAAAAAAUGGCAUGGUUUAUUUUUAAUUAAUUUAUUAAAAAUGCAUUACAGUGGAUCAUAACGUACCGCAUGCAUAGAAGAGUUCUUUUGUUUCACUCUCUCUCCCCCUCCCCUUCCAGUUACUUAGAGGAAGCAGGGGAAGUCUGCUCCUGUGAUUGGUGGGCAACAGACAUGUGACUCACACUGGCCUUCUGCUGAGCUUGCUCUGUGUGAGGAAGCACGUGAGAGAGAGAGAGAGAAAAUGGCCGAUGGAGGGAGAAAGCAGCAGCAGAAUGGAGGUGAGUGGGAAAGAGUCAAAAAAUGAGGGGGGAGCUUUGAAGGAUUCUGCAUUUUUUAAAAAGUCUACUCAGAAGUAAGUCCCAUUGAGCGCAGUUGGACUUACUCUCAGGUAAGUGGAGUGGUGCUUCUGUGUGCUAGCAGUGAGCUUGAGGGAAGGCAGGUGGUAAAAUGUCUACUCAGAAGUAAAUCUCACUGAGUUCAGUGGGGCUUACUGCCAGGUAAGUGGAGCAGAGCUUCUGUAUGCUUGCAAUGAUUUUGAAGGGAAGGAAGAAAAAGUCUACUCAGAAGUAAAUCACAUUGAGUUCAGUGGGGCUUACUCCUAGGUAAGUGGAGCGGAGCAUGUGUGUGAUAGCAAUGAGCUUCAGGGAAGGAAGGAGGAAAAUUGUCUACUCAGAAGUAAAUCCCAUUGAGUUCAGUGGGGCUUACUCCCAGGUAAAUGGAGCAGAGCUUCUGAGUAGACUUUUAAAAAAUUGCAGAGUCCUUCAAAGCUCCCCCCCCCCAUUUUUUGACUCCUUCCCUCAAGCUAGAUUCAGCGAGUGGGGAAGGCAGGCAGUGGGAGAGAGUGCGCGUGGGGGCAGGGCGAUUGAGCCAAUGGAAAGGGCAGGCUGUGGGAGGCAGCGGGGGUGGGAACACACACACACAUCACCAGAAGUAAGUUCCACUGAGUUUAUUGCAGCUUAUUCCUGAAGUGAAAGUGAACAUAGAAUUACAGCCUUUAACUUCUAAAUUCAGUCCUUUCCUUUAAAUACU